UUACAUGUCUCGAUACAAAGUUGACCGGUUGAAAAAGUUCGGCAAAAAAGCGUUUUUGAACAUGAAUUAUUUGCAAGUGCCGGUAAUGGACCAACAUCCGCACAAUCGAGGCCAUGAUCGAGGCCACGAUAACCCUGUCUUCGAAUCUCCGAGCAGGAAAGUUUCCAGUGUCUCAGAAGCAGAAAUAGGGCCCGUCAGGAAAAAAAGCAUAUUGCACAAAAACAGCGAUUUCGAUAUAGUUAGCAACUCGGGGAAGAGCGAUACCGGCAGACAAAAUGGAGAAUAUAGAUUUAAAAAGCACUCAACUACAGAUUCUGUAUAUUCUAGGACUCGAUUUGCAGAUACAGUUCACGAAGAUAGGUCGUGGUGGUACAUUUUCUGUCUUCAAUGUAGAUCUGAUGACGGCCAACAAUCGUGGAAACCAGACUUCUGGCCAAAACUGUGUCCAUACCCCUUCUGUCCUACCUACAGACAAUUCACAAGGAUUAUAACUAUAACUCUUAUAGGAGUCUUAACGUGGUGUAUAUUUUAUUCUGUAGUAGGUGAAACGGCAGCGCCACCUAAUGGGAAAUUGUUUCAGUUGAUAUUGUUAACUAUUUGCGCGCAUAUAGGAGGAUGGUUGAUGAGCUUAACUACGUUGCCAGCACUAAUAGGGAUGUUGUUCACAGGAUUGUUGUUUCAGAAUGUAGGAUUUGUAAAUAUAGAUGAUUCGUUUUCCUACAUAUGCAAAGAACUAAGAAAUGUAGCGCUGGUGAUUAUUCUUAUCAGAGCUGGAUUGGAUCUUGAUCCAAAUGCCUUAAUGAGGUUAAAAUUUUCAGUAAUUAAAUUAGGUUUGGGCCCAUGGGCCAUAGAAGCAGGAAUGACGGCUGUGUUUUCUGUAUAUAUCUUAGGAAUGUCGUGGAGUUACGGAAUACUCUUAGGAUCUGUUAUAGCUGCUGUGUCUCCCGCAGUGGUAGUUCCUUGUCUUUUUAGACUGAGAUCAAAAGGUUACGGGGUAGCUAAAGGAAUUCCUACGCUUAUUAUAGCCAUUGCUGGAGUAGAUGAUGCUGCAUCAGUCGCUGCUUUUGGAAUUAUUAAGAGUAUUAUGUUUUCCAAUAGUUCCCUAACGAAUCUUAUCAUCUCAGCACCUCUCUCUAUAUUAGGAGGUAUUGGUUUUGGUGCUCUAUGGGGUCUUCUCUCGAACUUUGCUCCAGAACGACACGACCCCUUCGUCGUACCCUUACGGGUACUGCUGCUGCUGGCUGGCGGUAUGAUCUCAGUCUUUGGAAGUGAAAUGAUCGGUCUGGGAGGAGCUGGCCCCUUGGGAUGUGUAACGGCAGCUUUUGCUUCAAUCUGUUUCUGGACCAAACAGGGUUGGGAUAUAGAAGACAAUCCGGCUGCGACUGCAUUCGAAAUAUUCUGGAUGAUCUUCGAACCCAUUCUAUUCGGCAUAACGGGUACUGCCAUCAAACUUGACCAGUUGGAUGCGAGUAUUGUGUACUACAGUAUUGGUAUUAUUAUCACUGUGGCGGUUAUUAGAAUCUUAGGGACUAUAGUACUAGGUAUUGGCUGUAAAUUGAAUUUGAAGGAGAAGGUGUUUGCUGCGAUAUCUUUGAUGGCGAAAGCUACAGUUCAAGCUGCCCUUGGUCCAGCACUGCUAAGCAUAGUUGCAGCUGACUCCAAAGAACACGACUGGGCUUCAAAAUUCCUUACAACGUGCGUACUCUCCAUUAUUAUCACGGCUCCGACGGGAGGCAUACUUAUAACGAUUCUGGGUCCUAGACUUCUAACUAAAACGAAGUUUAUGCCAGAACCUGAAGGAUGGAGAAGGAGUCACAGGCCAUCGAUUAGGGAUAUAAGUAUUAUUAACGAAGAGGAGGAAAAGGAACCGCAGGAAGUCUCCAGUGAUUCGGGACAGAUAAAAACUAUAGCCGUUAUCAAAGAGGUUGUUUAAACAAGUGAAAGGAAUUUGUCAAAAUGGAAAAAAUAGUUUGUUUGAAAUUAUUUUAAAUCUAAUUUUGAUGAUCCUUACCGAUCUAAUGAUCGAUAGUGACCUACAGAAGUAACAAAAGUGAUCUAAGUUUGAUCUUUGUCUAAGUCUAAAGAGUUCUCGUAGAAAAAAAAAUAGUAUGCGCUGUACAACAAACUUAUUUUGAACAACAUACAAAUAUUUUAUCUUCACGCUUAUGUUUAUAUAUCUAUGUUGAUGAUCAGUGAUUUUAAAAUAUCCCUUAAAAGAAGAAAAGGGUAUAUAUAUGAGUAUCUUCUUUAUGGUUUCUUUGAAUAUUUCCGUGUAAAUAUUCUAGGAACUAUGACAAGUGUUUGUACAUAAUGCAGAUCUAAAUGUAUGUAUAUACUAAAACUGUGUUUUAAUAGUUGUAGUCAAAUAAUAGAAUAAAUAAAGAUUAUUUUUUAU